UGCAUUUGAUUUAUACGCAGAUGACAGAAAAACGAACAAUUACAGUUAAAAAGUUUUUGGUGGUUAAUGUAAUUUUUUACUUUCAUAGUAACAUGUUUCAUCAAAUCUCAUUAGUUUGAAAGGAGUAUCGCAGCAGGGCUGGGUAACUCCGGAGCUGAGAAUUCUUUUGGUGUAAUAGCAGAAUAGUAGAAUAGUAGAAAAGCAGAAUAGGAGCACAGUAGAAUAGCAGUUGUAUGGGAAUAGCAAUAUAGUAGGCUAUUUUUAAAACAUAUUAUUGCGCUGUACUGUAAUCGGUGUGUAUUGUAUCUGUUGCUGCAUCACAGCGACCUUACAGUUUUUAUGUUAUGAUUGGUUUUUAGGAAACAAAUGGCGAAAUGAUGGCUUUUUGUUGUAUUGUGUAACUUAUAAAUUCGUUCUUUCUGUAUACUUCUAGGCAUGCGCUAACUUGAGGAUACUGCUUGUUUCAUAUCUGCUUUUAAACUCUUAGACAUGGUGGCAUCCGCCGAAUACUAAAUAACGUUCAUGACAACGAAUCUGGACUUGAGGGUAGGGAUAAAGAAGUCAGAGUGAUAUAAACAACUUGCAAAUGGCAGCUAGCACGUGUACAUGUUCUCUGCAUCCACUAAGUAUCAGACAUAGAGCAGCUCGCCAUACUACAGGGAUGCAAAGUAUGUUUUCCAGUUGAUAUUUUGCAAAAUUUGCAUUAGCUAUGAGAUAAAUUCCAGAAAUCCCCCAUAGUCUCAAGAACAGUAUACAGAGGAAUUUCUGAUCGACUCUCUGCCAUCUUUCGUCAUUGUUGGACGAAAUUGUUCAUCGGACAGAAAUGAAUUCUUUUCUUGAAUUAAUCAGGCGAUGAACAUCAACUCGCUUAGAUAUUCCGCCACUGAAUCCGAUGAUGUUGUUCCGUUGAUUGGCAUCGUCUCUUCAGAAUCAGACACCGAUUUCUCAUCGUUGGUUUCCACCUCAACAACACUUCUCUGCGUCUUUCUUCUGAACCAACCUAUUCCUCGAUUGAUCAAACAUCUCGACAGUCACCAACUGAUCCACAAUUAUUCUGCCAUGCCAACAGUGAAUGAGCUUGGCCUCGACUAGAAACCAUGACACCGCCUUCGUUAAUUUUUCCAUCAUCUUCUAUGAACCCCGUUCAAUUCUCCGACGUUCACGAAAGCAAAUCGAUCGACAGAGAUAGUGAAAGGUGGAUGGAGACGCUCAUAUUUUCCGUCGUCUUACUUCAUUUGUUUUCUAAUCAGGAGCAUCGAGAAACCUCUGAUCAUCUAUCGACAAGCACUUGACAUCGACGAUGAUUGAUUCCCGACUUCAAUCAGAUCACUCGUUGGUUGCCUCGAUCGCCGAUGAUGAGACUCUCGUUUUCUUUGUGGACGAUCUCCUCUGUCCAUUGAUUCCGAUGCUUUCAUUUUCAAUCAACCAACAGAUCGGUGCUCGCGGCUACUUACACCGUUCAGCUCAUGACUGAUUUCGACAUUAGUGUUCCACAGAUUGUUCUCAUGUUCCACUUCGGACAUCAUGUUGCGUUCAUUUUCAAAAGAGUCAUUUCAAAUUUUUGAAAUUGCAGAAUUUCGCACAUCAACCGUCAGUCCAUUAAUCUGUUCUUCGUUAUUGUCGAAAUCGAUCUAUUCUGUUCUUCAUCUUCAAAAUCGACUUGUGUCAAGACAAAGUCACAUCGUGCACUCUUUCAGACAUUUGGUAAAACAAUCUAUGAAGCUGAAUGGAUAAAGGAUAAUGAUAGGCGGCCGCGAAUUGUGUUACUGAAGAUCGAUGGUGCACGUGCUAAGAAGGAGGCGUCAUUCUACGUUGAUUUAACUCGUCAUCCAAGCAUUGUAAGAACGUUUGGUUUGGUACAUAGUGGUGAUAACGAUGAUGACGAAGAUACACAAAACUCUGUGACUCUGCUUCAAGAACUUGCGCCAGAAGGAAGUUUGUACGAAGUGUUACAACAGAUUGGUCUGAAUGAAAACAUUCUACAAGCUAUGUUUUUACAAAUUACGGACGCUAUGGUCUUUCUAGCUCACAACGGAAUCAUUCACGGUGAUUUAGCCUGUCGUAAUGUUUUAGUCUUUCGAUUAGACAAACAGGAACCACACAAGAACAUUGUGAAACUAACAGAUUUUGGAAUUAGUCGUCAUAGUAAACUCUAUGCACCGACAAAUAGUGUAGCCGGAACAACGAUCAAUAUGGUUCCAACGCGAUAUGCAGCACCAGAAGUGUUAACAAAUGAACAAUAUUCUGAAAAGUCAGAUGUCUAUUCAAUGGGUGUGUUGAUGUGGGAAGCGUACUUCAAAGGAAAGAUACCGUGGUCACAGAGUAUUUCUGAUGAUGAAGUGAAACGACAAGUGACAAAGGGCGAGAAAUUACAGAAACCGAAAAAUUGUUCGACUCAAAUAUGGUCUGUGAUUGAAAGCUGUUUUAUAUUAUGUGUAGAAGACAGACCAACAUUUACGGCUUUAAAACACAGUCUUCUUCCAGCUCCAUAUCAACUGACGACACCGACGGUGCGAAAUGGAGAACCAACGGUUGAAAAACAAAGAUGGGUAAACAUCGUUUGA